AUAGAAGCAGUUUUAUUUGGGCUACAACUUGCUUUGUCUAAUGAAAAGUGAAACAAAAUUAAGCAAUCAACAGCGUACUAGGGUUUAAUCGAAACACUGAAACUGAAGCUGUUUCGACUUUUUCAUACUUUUCGGUUUAUUUAACCCGAUUAUUUCGAUAGAUUUGAAAUAUUUGCGAACGACAACUGGUUUAAAUCUUGCUGAUUUGUCUGGAAAUAAAAUCUAAAGAUUAAUUUCGCGACACCGCUAACCGUUAAUGUAAACAAAACGUAUAUUAAAAUAUGAGUGACAGAGAAUUUAAAAAUCCAUUUCAGGAUUAUGAUGAGAGUUUGGAGGUUUUUGAUUUUGAAACAAAUAGGCUCAUUGAUCAAAUUGAAGGACCUUUAAAAGAAAAUGUUUUUGUACUUCUCCAAACUCUGGAAAAGCAUUUAGCUGCAGAAUCGACUACAUCUGACACAAGUGUCUAUACAGGCACAUCAGGUAUUGCACUUCUUUACAUGCGAUUUAUGGAUAUAAAGUUAUGUUCAGGAAAGAAAGAUUUCUUAAAAGAUGCUCUGUCAUACGUUGAACCUUACAUUACUUUUUUGAGAAAAAGGGAUGUGACUUUUUUGUGUGGAGUCUCAGGUCCCAUGGCUAUUGCUUCUGCCCUUUUCCAUCGUAAAGGAAUGACAAGAGAAAGUAUGGACCUGGCUAGAAGGCUUGAAAAUUUGGAGCGUGAAGCAUGUGCUUCUGAGUGCCCUGAUGAACUUCUAUAUGGCCGAGUGGGUUUUCUGUAUUCUUUACUUUUCUUAAAUAAACAUCUUGGAGCAGAUGAAUUCCGAGAUAAUAUAAUCAAAGAGGUGAUUAAAACAAUUUUCGAAUCUGGACAAAGGUUGGCAAAAAAGUUUAGCAAUACAGAUAAGGCUCCCUUAUUUUAUGAGUGGCAUGGAUCACCAUAUGUUGGAGCUGCUCAUGGAUUCGCUGGUAUUUUAUACAUGCUUUUGCAGGCCAAAGAGUACUUAACAUCUGAACAAAUAACUGAUUUGGUGAAACCAAGUAUUGAUUGGAUUUUAAGCCUUCAGUAUCCUUCUGGAAAUUUUCCCUCUUCACUUGGAAGCAAAACUGAUAAACUUAUUCACUGGUGCCAUGGUGCUCCUGGGGUUGUACAUCUUCUUUUACUGGCUUAUGAAACAUUCCAUGAGGAAAAGUAUUUAGAAGCUUCAAAACAGUGUAGUGAUGUUGUUUGGAAAAGAGGAUUGCUCAGAAAAGGAUACGGUAUUUGCCACGGGGUUGCAGGCAAUGGAUAUACUCAUUUGAGGCUCUUUCAAGUCACAAAAGAUGUCAAAUACUUAUGGCGUGCUGUUAAGUUUGCUGAAUGGUGCUUUGACUAUGGGAAACAUGGAUGCAGAACUCCUGAUCGACCUUUGUCACUUUUUGAAGGAUUUGCUGGUACAAUUUAUUAUCUUCUUGAUCUCCUUGAGCCUCUUAAUGCAGCUUUUCCUGCAUUCCAGCUGUUUUAGAUGGUGUGUUUGUAUUUACCCCUUUCAUUUGUAUAUUUAUCAAUAAAAAUGCUCCCUCAUUCA